GGCUUGCGUAUCGCACACUAACGAGUACUUGCUAUCGCGAAAGCAGGAAACAACGAGAAACAAGAAUCAGACGGCAGGCGAAGGGUCCACAUUCCCCUCCACCCCUUCUGUCAUACAGUCAUGGGAAGAUCCCAGAACGUUUGGAGACCAAAGGCCCUCUUCUUCUACCAUGCUCCAUUGUUCCAAGCUCUCCAUUCGAUGGGCUCCUCCAGUUCUGCCCUCCCUCUUCCUCCUAGGCUCCUCCACCUCCACCACUCCGAAUCCGCGAUUCCGCCCAUUGUCGCUGUCACCCACACGCAACCCUUCAAUCCAAGAGAAACCCCAUCCGUCCAACCAGCCGCAAUCCUCCAGGUGGCCCGGUGGGCCUGUCAGGGCUCUUCCUCGGAGCGCUGUUCAGACCGGAGGGGCAGCCACACCGUCACUGGGCACUCGAGACCCAGCAGACAGCAGAUCGAAUACGGUGAGCGAUCCCCUAGGCCCGCUGUGGUGUCGGGACCUCGAUGGUCAGUGGUCGAAGCGACGGAGUCUCUCCGAUAAUAACAGCGCCCCAAAGGGCCGACAGGGCCGACUGGCAUCCUGCUCGUCGGCUGCUACGGCGCGAAAACAGAAGGGCCUCUUCCGAUCACUCAGCACACCAAACGCUCGGCAGACCCGGCACAACUUGACGCCCUCGCCCUGAGGAUACCUACUUGUGUGGUUGUUUAUCAGGCACCUUGGUUCGCGUGGUGCCUGACCAAGUACGGAUAUAGGUACACGAAGCAAGAUGAAGCGAAGUCAUUGGUCAGAUAGUUUCCGAGGAGCGAUUGUGUCGCGUCAAUCUGUCAGAUGCCAUGAUUUCACUGGAAAGCAGAGGAAAUAUCGGUGAAGUACCGGUUUUCACCACAGCGGCAUUUGCGUCAAAAGCAUCACCUUGAAACCCUCUCAGGUUCGCGUACCUAUAGCAA